AUGGCGUCUACAGAUGCGGUACCGGUUGCGCAGUCUUUGAAGGAUAUAUACACGGGCGAUGCCUUGGAAGGGCAAACGGCAAGAUGGCAGUCGUUAAUGAAACAAUUUCAGUCCAACUAUGGCCAUGCGCCUCAGUUUGUGUCUAGGUCGCCCGGCCGAGUCAACAUUAUUGGAGAACACAUCGAUUAUUCGUUAUACUCCGUACUGCCUAUGGCUAUCACUGCGGAUGCUUUGCUUGCUGUCAGAGUGGUCGAAGAAACUGAAAAGUCCGACUACUACACCAUCAAAGUCGCAAAUGUUCAAGGCACAAAGUUUCCUUCCCACGAGUUCAAGAUACCUUACGAUACGGUCGACAUCGAUGCCAAAGUUCACGAGUGGACGAACUACUUUAAAUCAGGUCUACGAGGAGCGUUGGAACUGUUGCGGAAAAAGCGAGGAAGUGCCUUCCUGAAGCCUGUGAGCAUGGAGAUUUUGAUGGAUGGUACGGUUCCAGCAGGUGGUGGGCUGAGCAGCUCUGCUGCUUUCGUCUCUGCAUCUGCUUUGGCUUUGAUGUAUGCCAACGGAGAAAAGUCGGUUGACAAAAAGGAAUUGACGGAAUUGGCGAUUGUUAGCGAGAGAGCUGUUGGUGUCAACUCGGGAGGAAUGGACCAGUCCGCGUCCGUCCUAUCUCUUCGAGGCACUGCACUUUUCGUCUCCUUUACUCCAAAUCUCAUGGCUCAGCCAGUAAAGUUUCCGAGCACCACGCCAGAACUCUCAUUCGUUAUCGCUCAAUCUUUCGUCCAAUCCAAUAAGCAUGUUACUGGACCAGUUUGCUAUAACCUUCGAGUGGUUGAGUGCAGUCUUGCGGCUGCGUAUUUGAACGCCGCCGUUAACAAAACCGCUGAGCCACUCCCCUCAGACUCUGGACCUCUCGGCAUUUCUCUCAAUGGUUUCCAUCGAAAGUACUUCUACAGCACUCCCAAGUCGCCUGAAGAAGAGCUCCUCGAACUCAUUGAAUUGACAAAGAAGACUUUGACCCAGGAACAAGGGUACACCCGUGAAGAAAUCGCACCGGUAAUUGGCAUGACAGUCGAGGAGCUAAAUGAGCGCUUCACAUCCACUUUCCCGGUCCGAGCCGAGCAAUUCAAACUCCGUCAAAGGGCUCUUCACGUCUUCUCCGAAGCUCUUCGCGUUCUGGAAUUCAUGUCUCUUCUCCGCUCACCAACGUCUCUAGACGAAUCCUUCAACAAGAAACUCGGUGACCUUAUGAACGCUACUCAAGACUCAUGUCGCGAUGACUACGAAUGCUCAUGUCCUGAGCUCGACAAGCUGUGCUCCAUUGCUCGCAAGGCAGGGAGUUAUGGUAGUCGGUUGACGGGUGCUGGAUGGGGAGGUUGCAGUGUUCACCUUGUUCCGGCUGAUAAGGUUGAGGCGGUGAAGCAAGCUUGGGAGGAGGAGUAUUAUAGCAAGAUGGAUUUGAGCGCUGAGCAGAAAGAGGCAGCGGUUGUGGUUAGUAAACCGGGGAGUGGGAGUGUGGUGUUUGAUGGAGAUCUCUAUUAG